AUGAGUCCUUUCAGCGAAAAGAAAGGUAAACGAUUCCAAGUAAAAGAUGCCGAACAGGUUCCCCCAUAUUCGGGUACUGAUCAGCCUAUAUUUCUUGAAUCGAAACAUAAUAAUCAACAAUUACCAGAUUAUCAUCAAGCACACCAUGCCGGCACUUUCCAUUAUAAAUUCGUAAUGGCGGAAAAGCUGCUCAAACAAAACCAUUACGUGUUCGUAUCGGCAGACUCAAUGGGUAAAUACAGAUCAUUCAAGGGAGUGUCGCUGGAUUCACCCAUAGAUACCCAUCAAAAAGUUUCAACAUUACAGCAUCAAGGAAUCGGCAUCCCAUUAUUAUCUGCAAAUAUUGCUUGGAAAGAAAACUUUAAAAUUGACAAGUCCAUGACCAUCUACAAGUACAACCGUCCGCCGAAAAUGAGGUUAUUUGACAAAAAUCUUGAUAAGGAAUUAUUUUGCGUCGUCAAGUUGAGGGAGUCAGCUCAAUAUUAUAGGUACGAAUUUGAGUUCGUUAAGUCAAACAGGAAAAUGACCUUUUUCCUACAUAGAAAGCACCCCUUUGGUGAUGUGUGUUUCUCAGGAAGCGAUAUCCGUUAUCGUUGGUUACAUUCAAAGUAUAGUAUGUGGAGAGACCGGUACCGGUACGACAUUUUAAGGCUUCCCCUGACACAACCUUCAUUACUUGAUGGGAUGGAUAUGGAAAAAAACAAACUAAACCCAUCAAACAAACUAGUUGGUAGUAAACUUGCCGCAUUCACCUUACCUACGAGAAAAGUGCUGGACUCAAUCAAAGGUGGCCAGACCUUUGGUGGUAUCGAGUAUUUUCGCAACUAUUCAUUGAAAAGGUAUAGCCAGGAUGCUACCAUGGACUUGAAUGUUCCCAAAACACUGCCCGGUGCAGACCCAGAGAGUAUAUCAUCCGUUGAUGAGCACACUUUGGAGUUGUUGUGCAUGGGAUUAGUUUUGCACAAACGUGAAAGUGAUAGAAGAGCCGAAAGACGUAACAGUGGAGGCUAA